UAAGCCGAAAAAAAGUUGCUUAACAUGUACGGGAAGGAAGAUAGCUUGAGCAUGGAGGCUCAACCGGGGAGCAGUAAAAAUUACAAUUUAAGACUUAUCGACAUCCUCUACAGUCAAGUCCCGGCCUUCACCGACGUGUUUGACGAAGAGACCUGGUACGUCUUUGUCAUUUGCUUCGUAGCGGGUACCUUCCUCGUGGCAUUUAUCCUCUCGAGGUUUAUAACUAUAAGACCCGUCGAGUGAGAAUGCGCGUAGCGAAUUCAGUUCGCGAGACGUCCCGUACACUUGCUCGUCUAAGUACACUUCUGCGCGCUUAAUGUUGUCGUGUACCGUCAUUAAUUUUUUUACGCGCGUCGCAACCAUGCAAGCUUCACGGCGUCAAAACUCACGCGAUGAUGAGUGACAGAAUUCUGCGUUCCUCACUACUGCACGAAGAGACAUACGACGUCGUCAAUGUAAUGUGUCACAAAUGGUUCGUGCUGAUAAUAAAAUGUUAUUAAAAAACUAA